UGUUUGUGUAGUGUCCGUUGUUGGCCCAUACAGAAAGGGAAAGUCCUACAUCUUAAGCGAAGCCUUUAACCAACCUGAGGUUUUCCCACUUGGACAUGAAAUGGUGGCCGAGACCAUGGGAAUCUGGUUAUGGAUUGUACCUGAAAAGUAUAAGGAUUCCAGAGGAAAUGAAUUCACAGUAGUGCUACUGGACUCCGAAGGAAUUGAUGCCGCAGACAGUGAAAGCCGUGAUGAUAAUCAGAUAUUUACAUUAACCGUCCUUUUGGCUUCGGUGCUCAUUUACAACUCUCAAGGUGUCCCGACAAAGCAUGAUCUCGAGGGACUGGAUUUUAUAGUGAAGUUGUCUCAACGGAUCCAGAUUCGAUCUAACAAUGGACGAACCGUUGGUGCAAAAGAAACUGAGUUCUUUCACAAAACAUUUCCUUUCUUCAUUUGGUUGUUAAGGGAUGUGACACAGUUCAUUCCGCGUGACUGCAGAGACAUCAAAGACUACUUCUUAAAGAAGGUUAGACUCCAAAUAUCAAAUCACGGUAUAGCAAGCGAUACAUUCUUGAAAAUCUAGAUCUAUGAAUUGGUUAAUAGCCUUGUUAACUACGAUUGUUCGAAUCAAGGCGCCAAACCUGGUAAUAUCCGGUUGUUCUUUUUUUUUUAUUACUGUAAACCUCGAGUAAUGCGUUUCUAACUCUCUGA